AUGAAUCAAACAUUAAUAUUUGAUGAACAACCAUUUUUUACUCGUGUUUGUGAUAAAUAUUUUUAUUCAUCUGAAUGGUUAACAUUUUCUAUUUUUGCGUAUAUUACAUUUCAAACAGUAUUUUGGUCUUAUAAUUUAUUUCUUUUAUAUAUUGAAUAUAAUGAUAUACCUUUAUUUGAUAAAUAUCGCAUACAAAAACACAAACCAAAACUUCGAUUUCAACCUGAUGUUGUCUAUCAAAUGAAAAAAGGUGUUAUUGAGCAUCAAUUAGGACUGUUUAUUUUUAUACCGUUACUAUAUCCUUUAUUAAAUCUAAUUGGUCAUGUUUCUGUUCGUUCAGCAAUACCAACUUUAUUUACAAAUAUAUGGCAAAUUAUAUUAUUUGUAUUAAUUGAUGAUUUUCUAUUUUUUUGGACACAUUAUUUAUUUCAUACACGUUGGUUAUAUAAACAUAUACAUAAAAAACAUCAUUUUUAUAAACAACCAACAGGUGUUGUAUUUGCUUUAGGUGAUCCAUGGGAGACUUUAUUGCAAAAUCAACUUGGUGUUUUAUUAGGGCCAAUAUUAUUAAAAGAAAAACAUUUAUUUACAUUAUGCUUGUGGGUAUGGAUUCGUACAUAUCAAACAAUAAAUGGUCAUUCUGGUUAUAAUAUACCAUAUAUGGGUAUACAAUAUUAUUUUCCAUGGUUAAUGUCUGGUACACUACAACAUGAUUAUCAUCAUGAACAUGCUAAGAUGAAUUAUGGAAGUUUUUUAACAUUAUGGGAUCGGUUGAUGAAUACACAUAUAGUAAAAGAAAAUAUUGAUUGA